AUGUCGAAUCCGGAUCCCAGAGAGAUGUGGCGCAAGCUGCAAACGCAGCUGCAGCAGAGUGGACGAGGCUUUGGCGGCGGAGCUCGUCCCCCCAAGGGUGCGGGUUCACUUGGAUUCGUCAUCGCUGUAGGUGCUGGAGGCCUAUGGCUGGCGAAUAAUGCGCUGUUCAACGUCGACGGUGGUCACAGGGCAAUCAAGUAUACCCGGAUAGGCGGCGUGCAGAAGGAAAUCUACUCCGAAGGCACGCACUUCCGAAUCCCCUGGUUCGAAACUCCCAUCGUGUACGACGUGCGCGCGAAGCCGCGAAAUGUCGCCUCCCUCACCGGCACAAAGGACCUGCAGAUGGUCAACAUCACCUGCCGUGUGCUUUCAAGACCGCGUGUGGAUGCCCUGCCCCAGAUCUAUCGUACCUUGGGCACGGAUUACGAUGAGAGGGUGCUGCCGUCGAUUGUGAAUGAGGUGCUGAAGAGCGUGGUGGCACAGUUCAAUGCUAGCCAGCUGAUCACUCAGCGUGAGAAUGUUAGCAGGCUUGUGAGGGAUAACUUGGUUCGGCGUGCAGCGAGGUUUAACAUCAUGCUGGAUGAUGUCUCCUUGACGCAUCUUGCCUUCUCCCCCGAGUUCACCGCCGCCGUCGAAGCGAAACAGGUUGCCCAGCAAGAAGCCCAGCGCGCAGCCUUCGUCGUCGACAAGGCCCGCCAGGAGAAGCAGGCCACGGUUGUCCGCGCGCAGGGUGAAGCCCGCUCUGCCGAGCUCAUCGGUGACGCCAUCAAGAAGUCGAGGUCCUAUGUUGACCUGAGGGAGUUUGAGAACGCGAAGAGCAUUGCACAGAUUCUGCAACAGAGCCAGAACAAGGUGUAUCUUGAUGCAAACGGUCUGGGUCUCAAUGUCACGCAGACGGCGACGGAGAAGGAGAAGAGGGGGAAAUAG